AUGCAGCAGGAACUAUUGCUCCUGACACGGCGUGUGGCGCAGCUGGAGAGCACCGCGGACGGCUUGCACGGGAAGCUCCACGAGGUGCAUCGUGCUAUAGGGGAAGUGGUGCUGGGCCAGCGAAACACCGACCUGCUUGUGCAACAGAUAGAACGGCGGCAUCUCGCCGGGCCUGUCGGCACAGAAGCGGCAACAGGUAAUGGUAGGGGAGAAGGUGUUGCUCAAUCAACGGCGCCUCUCCCCGACACAUGCGCCUCGCCCUCUGCACGCCAUGACGGUGGCGCCUCCCUUGCAGCUGCGACACACGCGGCUACAACAGUCGCGCCUGUCGCGUUGCCAUCAAGCGCACAACUAGCCGAGCAGGUGAGCACUCUGCGAGCUCUGCUAAAUCAGCUCACCACCAACAUCUUUGCCGCCGAUCGCCUUGGCGCCGUGAUCGAUCGCAUGGCAGCAUCCGGAAUCGACAAGGAUAAAGUCGCAGCAAGUGUUCUGCCUUCAGAAAGCCUGUCAAGUCGUGCUAGUCUGCUCCAGCGGCUGCAGCGGCGGUACGCGCUCGGCACCUUCACCGAUGCAGCCGGCGUCACUCGCCUUUCGAGCCAGGUCGUUCGGGUGCACAACGUACCUCUGAACAUGGGUGCCAUGGAGGUGCGAGAGCUUUGUGUUCAGCACGUCUGCACGGGGAAGAACGCCGAUGAGCUGGUGAGCUGCAUGGUGCACCGCAGCACCGACAGCAUACCUGCCGUAGCAGCAGUAGCUGGCCACGCACGCCACCCAGUGCAGGAAGGCGCGGACUCACCCACCGACGCGGCACUUCCUCGAUACUUGUCAAGUAAAGCGACGUCUAAGACUUCUGCCUCGUCCCUUGCCUCCGCAGACGCCGCCGUGCUGGGUGAUCUUCCUCGCGGUGACACAGUGGCUGCAAUCCGCCCAAACACGAAGACCUUUGAGGUGGUGUUCACCUCGGCCGCCGCCGCUGUGCGGGCCCUGCAGGUGCUGAAUGGGAUGUACCUGCGUCCGACGCUACACGAAACGCCUCUGCCACUGGUUGUUGAGCCGGUGGUGUCAGCGGAUGUGCUGGCAGCGCUGAAGGCGUGGGAAGACGAAGCUGCCGCAGCGUCGCAACACCUCACAAGAUAG